GCGGCCCCACUCCCGCCGCUCCUCUCUGCAGCCUGCCUGCCUUCUCAACAGCAUGCAGCUCGCCAGCUUGCUCAGGACCUGCUGCCUCUUAUUGCUCCUCCAGGCUCUGCCUGCGCGGGCAGCCCGGGAGGAUCCCAUUGAGAAGGUCAUAGAAGGGUUCAGCCGAGGGCUGAGCAAUGCCGAGGCAGAGGUGGGCAAGGCCCUUGAAGGCAUCAACAAUGGAAUCACUCAAGCUGGAAGGGAAGUGGAGAAAGUUUUUAAUGGACUUAGCCACAUGGGGAGCCAGGCCGGCAAGGAGGUGGGCCGUGGCUCGGACAAGGUAGCCCAUGGCGUCAACAGUGGAAUCGGACACGCAGGAAAGGAAACAGAGAAGUUUGCUCAUGGGGUCAACCACGCUGCUGGACAGGUUGGAAAGGAGACAGACAAAAUCAUCCACCAUGGGGCCCACCACGGGGUCAACCAGGCGGGCAGUGAAGCAGGGAGGUUUGGUCAGGGGGCCCACCAUGCUCUUGGCCAGGGUGGGAAGGAGGCAGAGAAGUUAGGUCAGGGGGCCCACCAUGCUCUUGGCCAGGGUGGGAAGGAGGCAGAGAAGUUAGGUCAGGGGGCCCACCAUGCUCUUGGCCAGGGUGGGAAGGAGGCAGAGAAGUUAGGUCAGGGGGCCCACCAUGCUCUUGGCCAGGGUGGGAAGGAGGCAGAGAAGUUAGGUCAUGGUGUUCACCAUGCUUUUGGCCAGGGUGGGAAGGAGGCAGAGAAGUUAGGUCAUGGUGUUCACCAUGCUUUUGGCCAGGGUGGGAAGGAGGCAGAGAAGUUAGGUCAGGGGGCCCACCAUGCUUUUGGCCAGGGUGGGAAGGAGGCAGAGAAGUUAGGUCAGGGGGCUCACCAUGCUUUUGGCCAGGGUGGGAAGGAGGCAGAGAAGUUGGGUCAGGGGGCCCACCAUGCUUUUGGCCAGGGUGGGAAGGAGGCAGAGAAGUUGGGUCAGGGGGCCCACCAUGCUUUUGGUCAGUGGGGGGAGGAGGCAGGGAGGUUUGGUCAGGGGGCCCACCAUGCUUUUGGUCAGGCUGGGAAGGAGGCAGAGAAGUUGGGUCAGGGGGCCCACCAUGCUUUUGGUCAGGCUGGGAAGGAGGCAGAGAAGUUGGGUCAGGGGGCCCACCAUGCUUUUGGUCAGUGGGGGGAGGAGGCAGGGAGGUUUGGUCAGGGGGCCCACCAUGCUUUUGGUCACGGUGGGAAGGAGGCAGAGAAGUUAGGUCAUGGUGUUCACCAUGCUUUUGGUCAGGCUGGGAGGGAGGGGGGUAAAGUAGUGCAAGGGGCCAAUCAGGGACUUAGUCAUGCUGCAAAGGAGGCACAGCAGUUUGGCCAUGGCCAAGGCCACGGUUAUUAUUCUGCAGGGCAGACUUGGCAAGGGGGAGACAAAGUAAUGUAUCCUGGGGUCAACCAGGCUGGGAAGGAGAUAGAGGGCUUUGGCCAGGGCGUCCACCAUACCAUCGAACAGGCUGGACAAGAAGCAGAAAAAGUGGCCCAUGGGGUCCAAGCUGGGGUCAACCAGGCCGGGAAGGAAACAGAAAAAGUGGCCCAUGGGGUCCAAGCUGGGGUCAACCAGGCCGGGAAGGAAACAGAAAAAGUGGCCCAUGGGGUCCAAGCUGGGGUCAACCAGGCCGGGAAGGAAGCGGAGAAGCUUGGCCAAGGCGUCCACCAUGCUGCUGGCCAGGCCGGGAAGGAAAUGGACAGGUGGCAGCACAAUGUUCAGAAUGGGGUCAACCAAACCAGCAAGGAGGCCAACCAGCUGCUGAAUGUAGGGCACUCAUCAAGGCGGGCUCGGAGGCCAACACGCAGGGGCCGCAACCACUACAGUAGCAUCUGGGGCCUCGGUCAACAAGCCAUUUAUCAACUUCCCAGCUCUGUGGAGGAGUAUCGCCGCCAUCAUGCCCUAAACUGAAGCCCAGGCAGCCGAAUGUUCCUGUUGUCACAUCAGCUGAAAUGGCCUGGAGGAGCUUGGGGUGGGGGAGAGCUUCCUGGGUGCCCCUGGCGGGACUGCUUUGAGCUUUGUGAAUAAACACGAACGCACUGUC